AUGGCAAUGGCCUUUGACGACAAGCCCAAGCCCUUAGGCGGGCCGACAUUCCUUGGCGUCUCCGUCAAGCUUGUCUCGUUGGCGACCCUCACCUUCCAAAACUCGAUCCUCAUCCUCCUCGUCCACUACUCGCGUGUUAUGACACCCUCAGGCGACCACAAAUACUUCACAUCCACUGCCAUCUUCCUCACAGAGGUCAUCAAGCUCGCAAUCUCCUUGACGGCUGCCAUAUACGAGGUUUCACGAAGUCUUGCACCAUCUACCCCUGCCACCGUGCUAUUCGAGCAGCUCUACAAUGCCGUCUUCUCUGGCGACGGUUGGAAGCUCGCGAUUCCUGCAACGCUGUACACCAUCCAGAACACUCUGCACUACGUCGCUCUUGGGAAUCUUGACCCAGUACAUUUCCAGAUCCUGUACCAGAUCAAGAUCCUCACGACAGCAAUCUUUACGGUCACGAUGCUCGGCCGAUCGCUCACAGUCAACCGCUGGAUCGCGCUCGUUAUUCUUACCAUAGGCGUCUCGAUUGUCUCGAUUCCUUCAUCCACACCGGAAGUCGGCAUGUUCACCCUUCACGACAUGACGGACCAUUUCUUUCCGCGGUCGAUGCACGAGCUUGGUCAGAUUGCAAAUGGCAUGGGCGAGGUUGCCAACCACUUGACGCGGCGUAGCCUCGACGGACUCGCUGAGGUCGGAGCCGCUUUGGCCAAGAGAUCGGCGACAUAUGAGGGCAUUGACGAGGACGUCACGCAAAUCGGAAUGAACUACUCAAUCGGCGUAACAGCAGUCCUGGUGGCUGCUGUCAUCUCGAGCUUGACAGGCGUGUACUUCGAAAAAGUCCUGAAGGACCCGGCAACGACCGUCUCGGUGUGGACCCGCAACAUCCAGCUGUCCUUUUACUCGCUCUUCCCUGCUGUCAUUAUCGGAAUUGUCUACAAGGAUGGCGACGAGAUUGCUCAGCAUGGAUUUUUUGACGGUUACAAUUGGGUGGUGUGGGCUCUGAUUAUCCUGCAGGCUGUCGGUGGCAUUCUUGCGUCGCUUUGCAUCAACUAUGCCGACAAUAUUGCCAGAAACUAUGCGACCAGCAUCAGCCUGAUCCUGAGCUUCACUUUCAGUCUCUGGUUCUUUGACUUUGAUUUUUCCUUGACGUUUCUCAUCGGCGCGGCACUCGUGGUGGCGUCUACAUUCAUGUACACAGGCGAGCGGCGACGCAAUCGGCCACCUCCGAUCCGCAUCGCUAGCUACGAAAAGACUACGAUUGACCCGGCCAUGACGCCGAAGCGCACAAACGACCGACUUGCUGUACCGACGCCGCUAGACGUGAUGAAGUCGAUGGGGCUAUCUACCUCGAGGCCAUCUUCACCAUUACGGCACCACUCACGUUCUGGGGGGAGCGACAAGAACUACGACGAAUAG